CAUAUACCCAAAUGAUUAACAGAAUCAGAAAUUACAAGAAAUCUCAACAAUUCCUCACUCCUCUCCAAGGCCUCACUGCCGCUCCAUCCUAACAAACUCGUCCAGCCAUCGAGGUCUCACUCGCUUCCUUCUCUCACGCGCCCGCUGCUCUUCAAUGGGUUCGUUUUCUCCUGAAGGGUCCUUCGACUGUUCGUGUACUUCACUGCCCUCUCCUUCUCGUAUUGUGGCUUGAUCUAUCCAUUCCUGGGCUUUGUCUUUUAGCAACCGUUCAAUCAGCGCUAUUGGGCUAUGCUUCUGGGCCGCAACCACCUGGGCUUGCUGAGAGCCCGUAAUAGUCGUGGUGGAGGAGGCGGUGGUGGUCCAGAUGGCUCUGGUGGUUCAAAGGAUGAAGGUUUUUCUGGAAUCCUUGAUGAAACUCUUCAAGUUGUUUUGGCAACUGUCGGCUUCAUUUUUCUGUACAUUUACAUCAUCAGUGGUGAGGAGUUGAUCAAGUUGGCAAAGGACUACAUCAAGUAUGUCUUCAAAGGAACUGAGAGUGUUCGCUUGAAGCGAGUCCUGAACCAAUGGAGAAGGUUCUUCAGGAGGGUAACUGAGAAAAAAGUAUUUGAUAAGCAUUGGUUGGAAAGGAAAAUUAUCAACACCCCAACCUGGUGGGAUAAUCCUUAAAAGUACCGUCACUUACUUAGGGAUGACUCAGAAACAAAACAGCUUAGGCCUUAUGGGGAAUCGACUUCUUAAGACCCUCGUGGAGAAUCAACUUCUAAAGGGUCAUAUGAGGAAUCAUAUCAGGAGGAGGAUGACUGUUGAGCUGUAAAUUUGGUGAAAGUAUUGGUCAAGGUUUGGUAGUUUUGGCCAUAAUUGAGUAUAGAGGAGAUCAAAGUUCUUAUUUUUCUGAACUUUUGAUGAAACCAGUAGCAAUGGUUUGUUAAGAGUAUAUAGAAAUAUGCAUGUGUUUAUUGAUGGAGUAUUACUGCACUAUCUACCUUUUUUCCUUUCAUGGUUUUGAGCUACUUGAAUGGAUGGUAAGUAAUAACUAAUUCUCAGUUUGAGAUAUGAAAUUGUCUCAGAGUUUAUUCUAAGCCAUAAAUCCCUUUAGACUUGUACAUAGACAAAAGUUCGAAUGAAGAAAUGAAGAAAGAGACAAUAUUUUUCAGAACACAAAACAAUGUCAAAAGCUAUUAUAAAUUUGUAAGUACAAGAAUACAUUGACACAUCAAAAAACAAUAGCCAAGCAUUAAUCUAUAUUGGCAAAAGAGGAAUUCAGGUUAACCUUCUCUACAUUUGCAGCAACAGUAGAGUUCAUUAAUUUCUGUCAAGGAAGUGAAGGCGACAUGUCACUUUUAGGAUUUCUAUUAUUUUUACUUUUAACGCAAAAGACAUGUCGUUUCUUCUUAUUUUCCUAACCACAGAGAAGAUGAUUCAGUUCAGAAAAUGGCUAUGGCGUCCACACACAAUAACGACGAGAACAGUUAUCUCUAUAUCCCAAGUAAUUAUAUAACAUUUUAAUAAUAGAAUGAUUUAAAUUUAUGUAUAAAAAUUGAAAUUGUACAUAGUUUAUUACGUAAGUUUAUGCUUUGCUUAAACAUGUUUGAGUCUUCUUCGGAUUGAUCAGUCUAAUUCAUUUAAAUUUAAUAUGAUUUGCCGCUGCUUUCUUUUAAGGAAAUUGAAAAAAGAGAAGAAGAAGAAAGUUUUAUUUUCUUUAGUUGGUUCUAGGAUUUUCUUAGUGGGAUUUUCUCGGAAAUUCAUAACGAUUGGUUGGGAUGAAUAAGUGUGGGGUUUGGCGAUUCUUUCUCGUCUGCUUUUUGGUAUGUUUGUUUCUCUGACAAGUUCUGGGAUGGUGAUGGAUUCAGAAUUACAG